GUAUAUGUACAUUGAUACAUAUAUUACAUAUAUACAUGUGCUUAUUGAAUAAUUAAGAUCUUAAACACCACCAUUUAACUUUGCAAUGCUUAUUGUGAGUUAAAGUUAAAACUGUUACCAGUUGAUAGAGAAGGAAAAAAGAGCAAUGAAAGAGAGAGAGAGAGAGAGAGAGAGAGAGAGAGAGAGAGAGAGAGAGAGAGGAACUUUGUGGUCCAAGAACAUAGUACUUGUGAUUCUUCCCACUUUCCUUUGGCUGCUUCACCUUCACCCUUUCUAAUUUCAAAAGAACGUUUAUAUUCACUCUUCUCUCUCACAAGUGACUUCCCCAUGAACAGAAAGUCUUCAGCUUUACCACCAAUGAUGAGUAUGGGAACAACUAAAGCCGAAGGGAAGAGGAGUUUGAGAGAAAUGGGAGAGAAAGAGAGAGAGAGAGAGAGAGAAGAAGAGGAGGAAGAAGAAGAAGAUGAUGAUCAGAACGAGGCCGAGGCUGAGAAGAAGAAGAAAGGUAAGAAGGCAGCGUACGGAAGCAGCAGCAGCAGCAGCAGAGAGAGUUAUAACGUGUGCCAAGUGGAGAACUGCAACGUGGACAUGACAGGAGCUAAACGUUACCACAAACGCCAUAAAGUCUGCGACUUUCAUGCCAAAGCUCCAGUGGUUAAUGUCUCUGGUCUUCACCAACGCUUCUGCCAACAAUGCAGCAGGUUUCACGAGAUCGGGGAGUUUGACGAAGCCAAGAGGAGCUGCAGAAGGCGUUUAGCCGGGCAUAAUGAGAGGCGAAGGAAAGUUAGUAACGAGUAUCAAAGUGGUGAAGGGUCUAACCAAACCUGAAGGAUUGAUGGAAAAUGAAGUAUAGAAGCUCGCUCUCUUCUGUCACGUCUCUUGCUUUUUUUUUUCUCCUUCUUCUCAAGGCUCUGCAUUCCUUUAGUGAAAUCCUAUGUGAUGGAUCUUUUUAUGUUACUGUGUAAAGUCUCGAGUGUUGCUUCCCCCAUUGCCUGCAAUGAACGAAAUCUGCAAGACCCGUGACACGGAAAUAAAACAAACCUCGAAAAAUGCAUGAACGUUGAAUGUUU